AUGGAUGUGUCUACCCUCGCACUCGGCACCAUGCUAGUCGGAGGCUGGUACAUCUUUGAAGAAGGCCGGAGCUACAAAGUAGGCGACCAAGUUUCUGCAACAGAGCCGCGUGUGGUGGGCACGCAUAGGCAGGGAACUGUGAACCCGGAUUAUCAGAACUACGAAGCCUGGGUGGAGAAACACAAACGAGGGAAGAAGCAUGAGGCGCCGCCGCCGGGGAGGCAUCAGGUUGGGUGA